AUGUCUGAACACCGCGUCGCAUGGAUCGGUCUCGGCAACAUCGGCCGAGGCAUGAGCAGCAACAUAGCCCACAAAGGCCCCCAAACCAGCCCUCUCCUGCUGUACAACCGCACAACCAGCCGAGCAAAAGCGCACGCCUCCACCCUCCCAAACACCUCCGUAGCCAACACCCUACCGGAAGCCAUAACCCCCUCAACCAUAAUCUUCACCUGCGUCGGCGACGACGAAGCCCUACUCUCAAUCAUCACCUCCGUCCUCAACGACUCCUCCAUCGACCUAACCUCCAAGAUCUUCAUUGACUGCUCAACCGUGCACCCGGAUACAUCGCGCAAGAUCUCAAGCCUGCUUUCGGACCGCGGGGCGGACUUCAUCGCGUGUCCGGUCUUCGGCGCGCCGAGCAUGGCGGAUGCGGGAAAGCUGGUCGUUGUGCCGGCUGGGAAGCGCAGUGUGAUUGAGAAGGUGCAGGGGUUCUUUGAUGGGGUUGUGGCGAUGCGGACAAUUGAUUUGGCGUCCGGGAGUGGGGAGGAUAUUGAUGUGGGCAAGGCGGGGGUGUUGAAGGUUCUGGGGAAUUCGUUUAUUCUUAAUACUGUUGGUGUGUUGGCGGAGGCGAUGGUGGGAGCUGAGGUUUCCGGGCUGGGGACUGGGCCAUUGAAGGAGUUUUUGGAUAUCUUUGCUCCUGGGGCUUUUGUUAGUUAUGCGGAGAGGAUGAUUGGGGGGGAUUAUUGGAAGAGGGAGGAGCCGCUCUUUGCUGUUGAUCUGGCGAGGAAGGAUUUGAGGCAUGUGCAGGGGAUUGCUGGUGAGGGGGGUUGA